AUGUGUAAUGAUGCUCUUGCAUCAAAUGAAGAAACUCCAAAUCAUAUGAUUGUUUGGCUUGAUUUUCAUAUAGGAAGACGAGAAGAUUAUCAACGGUUAAAGGCUGCUUUCUCAAGUACAGCUAAUCCAAACAAUGUUAAUCCAAUAAGAUUAAUUGAUAAAGAUGAUGAUACAAUUAAUCGUACAGUAGGCUUUGAAGAAGUCAAGUUUGAAGGUGUCAAUUUUUUAUUAGCAGCAUUCCCAAAUGUUGAAUGUUGUGUAGAAUUUUUACAAAAUAAUCAAGAUAAAAAAAUCUUUUUCAUAACAUCAGGGCAAAUAGGAAGAGCAGCUGUACCAUUAAUAAUGCUGAAAUGCAAAAAUAUUUUUAUUGAUCCGGUUACAAACGAACCGUAUCAAUCAAUUUAUGUCUUUUGUCAUGACAUUAACCGUAAUGCUGAUUGGAUGAGGCAAUAUCUCGAUUAUCUUGCACCACCGUUUGUAUUUGAUAAAGAUUUAUUAUUACGGUUAAUACGUGAUAUAGCUGAUUGUUUUGUUGUCGAAAGUAAACGUCUACUGGCAGCGAAGCCCCCAAACAAUUCAGCUGCUUACAAUCGUCUUAAUUGGGCAUAUACACUCUAUGAUCGAUAG